AUUGAACCAGAGCGGAGCCCAAGAGGAGCGAAACAUGGCGACCUCGAAUAAUCCGCGAAAAUUCAGCGAAAAGAUCGCGUUACACAACCAGAAGCAAGCGGAAGAGACAGCUGCUUUCGAGGAGGUGAUGAAAGACCUGAGUAUCACUCGGGCGGCCCGUUUACAGUUACAGAAGACCCAGUAUUUACAGCUUGGUCAGAACCGAGGACAGUACUACGGCGGCUCUUUGCCAAAUGUCAAUCAGAUUGGAAACACCACAGUUGACCUGCCCUUUCAGACUCCUUUUCAGAACUCUGGACUGGACACAAGUAGAACGACUCGUCACCAUGGACUAGUGGACAGGGUUUAUCGGGAUAGGAAUCGCAUCACAUCGCCACACCGCAGACCCCUUUCUGUGGACAAACAUGGACGUCAAAUUGAUAGCUGUCCAUAUGCCUCUGUGUAUCUGUCACCCCCACCUGAUACCAGCUGGAGGAGGACCAACUCAGACUCUGCCUUGCAUCAGAGCACUUUGAACCCAAACCCACAGGAUGCAUUUGCAGGAGGUUCUCAAGAUUUGCAGCCAAAACAAGUUCUUCUUCUCACUAUGCCAGGAACAGGGGACCCCGAUAGUGACAUGGACAAAGAAAGUCAAAAGCAGAUAUGGGAUCAAAAAAAGAACACUUCGCAAAGGCCCAAGUCAAACAAAAUACCUGGAAUCAAUAUAUUUCCGUCUCCAGAUCAGGAAAUUACCGCAUCUCUAAUCCCAGUGGCACACAAUACUGGCGGCUCUCUGCCAGACCUGACCAACAUUCAGAUUCCUCCUCCUCUCCCCACACCUUUGGACCCUGAGGACUCCUCGUCCUCUCUCAGUGCCUCCAACAGCACUGGCAACCUCGCCAACCCUCACAUGGGCCUUACAUCUGCCGGUCAAGGUGUGACAUCAGGCCAGCCCACAGCCACAGUUCAGCGCCGGCAUGAGAAUGUAGUUCCUCUGAACCUCAACACAGACUCUCAGCAGCUUCCAGGUCUUCAGCAGCUGUCACCCACCCUCUCUCCUCCACUCUCUCUAGCACAGGCAGUGACGAUAGACGCCAUGACCCUGGAGCAGCAGUUGGCUCAGUAUGCUUUCUUUAGCCAGCCGUCCACUCAGACACAGGGGGGAGGUGGGCUUCCUCCGUUGCCAGUCGUCUCCUCCAGCCAGACGCAAACCUCUGUGGGCAUCGAUAUCAAUACGCACUCGUCCAUUCUCGGAAGUGUAUUUGGUGAUGCCUUUUAUGACCAGCAGCUCUCUCCUCGGCAGACCAGCGCUUUGUCCCAGCAGGUGAA